AUGACCGGAACAGUACAAACAUACGAGCUUUCGAAAGGCUGGGAGUUCAAGCAGACAUCUGAUACUGUAGACUCUCAAUGGCUACCUGUUGAGCGAGUCCCAACCAAUGUCCACUUGGAUCUCAUAGCCCAUGAGAAGAUCCCAGACCCUUUCAUUGGUUUCAAUGAAUUGUCUUGUGAAUGGGUCAAUGACGCAUCAUGGACAUACAGGACUUCGAUACCGAAGAUAGAGCCCCUCAAAAAAGGGGCCACGGCAUGUCUUGCAUUCGAUGGCCUGGACACCUUUGCAACAGUAAAACUGAACGGCAAUGUCCUUCUCAAAUCGGACAACAUGUUCAUCCCUCAUCGUUUGGAUGUGACGAAGCAGAUUCAGCAUGGAACUGAGAACAUUCUUGAGAUUGAUUUUGAACCAGCGAUGGUGAAAGCACAAGAAAUCAAAGCAAAAUAUCCAGAACACAAGUGGGUGGGGUUCAACGGUGAUAUGGCCCGUCUAGCGGUCAGAAAAGCGCAGUACCACUGGGGUUGGGACUGGGGCCCAAUGCUCUCACCAUGCGGGCCUUGGAGACCGGUCCGCCUGGAGCUGUACGAGUCCCGUAUUUCAAGCUUGAGAAUCGACUAUGACUUUCCGGAAUCCUUGGGCGAAGUCCGCGGUACGGUGUCUGCACCAAUCGAAGGCCUAAAAGGCGACAGGGUCAACUUCAAGAUCAGAAUCAGGGAUAGUACAGUCAUCACCAUCGACGCUAUUGUUGAUGAGCAACGUAACGCAAAGCAAGAGUUCUCUAUACCAAACGUUCUGCUAUGGUAUCCUCAUGGCUAUGGCGAUCAGCCUUUAUAUGAUGUGGAGGCCACUUUGUACGAAGGAGACGAUGUCAUCCACUCAACCAAGAAAAGAACAGCAUUCCGAAAGGCAGAACUCGUCCAGCAGCCAGAUGACAUUGGAAAGAGCUUCUUCUUCAGGAUCAAUGGCGUGGAUGUGUUCUGUGGCGGAUCGAAUUGGAUUCCUGCGGACAGCUUCACCCCUAGGAUAUCGGAACACCGAUACAGAAAGUGGUUGUCAAUGAUGGUCCGCGGAUACCAAACGAUGAUUAGGAUCUGGGGUGGGGGCAUAUGGGAAGAAGAUAUCUUCUACGAUAUAUGCGACGAACUCGGGAUCUUGAUCUGGCACGACUUCAUGUUUGCCUGUGGUAAUUACCCUGCCUUCCCAGAGAUUUGCGAAUCCAUCAGGGUAGAAUGCGCAGAGAACCUAACCAGGUUACGGCACCAUCCGUCCAUUGUCCUCUAUGCUGGGAACAAUGAGGACUAUCAGGUCCAGGAGCAGUUCCAUUUGACCUAUCAGUUCGAAGAUAAAGAUCCGGAAAGCUGGCUGAAGACUGAUUUCCCGGCCCGAUAUAUAUACGAAAAGAUCCUCCCCGAAGUUGUGGAGGACAAGUGUCCUCAUAUCGCAUACCACCCAGGAAGUCCAUGGGGUGAUGGGUUGCCGACGUUUGAUACGACCGUUGGCGACAUGCAUCAGUGGAACGUAUGGCAUGGCACACAAGAGAAGUAUCAGAUAUUUGACAAGCUUGGUGGCCGCUUUAACAGCGAAUUCGGCAUGGAGGCAUUUCCCCAUAUCGAGACAAUCAAGUACUAUUGCAGAGAUGAAUCCGAACUUUACCCACAGUCACACACCUUGGACUUCCACAACAAGGCCGAUGGUCACGAACGACGGAUUGCCACAUACCUUGUCGAGAAUUUUCGCACCAGGACUGAUCUCGAGGGCUUCAUCCAUCUCACACAGCUCUCACAAGCAGAAGCUUUGAUGUUUGGCUACCGAGGCUGGCGACAACAAUGGGGCAAGAAACGCUUCUGUGGGGGAGCAUUGGUAUGGCAACUGAAUGAUUGCUGGCCGGUGACCUCGUGGUCAAUUGGGGACUACUUCGUGCGGAUGAAACCAGCAUAUUAUGCGAUGAGACGAGUUCUGGCUCCAAUCGCCGUGGCAGUGAAGCGUGCUCACCACGACUGGAGCGUAGUGCAUGCGAGGCCGGCCAAAACCAGCGACUAUGAACUGUGGGUAGCUAGCAGUCUACCGAAUGCCACGGCCGCGACUGUGGAGCUACGUUUCAUCUCAAUUGCGACUGGCAAAGACAUCAAACCGGCCGUUGUGAAAGAAGUCGAAGUGGUCCCGAACGGGACGACUGAUAUUCUAACAGGGACUAUCGACAAUACCGAGGAAGAACCACACGUUUUGGCCGCUCGAAUCCGCAUCGAUGGACAAAUCGUCUCGCGAGACGUGGACUGGCCUCAACCACUAAAGUACCUUGAUUUCGCAGACCGGGGAGUCGAGGUGAGCGAAACGAUAUCUGAAUCUUCACGACUGUUGAGCGUCCGAGCACAGAGGCCCACCAAAGGCCUGGUUUUCGAAGAACGGGAGGGCGUUCUUGUCGAAGACAGCGCAAUCGAUCUGGUACCAGGGGACGAACAGGCCAUUCGAGUAUCUGGAAUCAACGAAGAUGAUCCCCCGCUGCGGUGGCGUUACCUUGGAGAACCGUAA